AUGCGCGCAUCAUCGACACCGCAGUCGUGCUGCGGUAGCAGUGGACGACUCUCAUCCUUCGAGAAGCAGCAGCAAAAACAGCGACAUCGUCAUCGUCAUCGUCGUCAUCAUCAAUCGAAGGGAAGGGGAGGCUUUUUGGCGGCAGAACACCAAAACCAAUCGACCAAAACGACCACCUCUGCGACAUCAUCAUCAUCAUCAUCGAAAACGACGAAAACGAGCGAGAAAAGCGCAAUCGAGUUCGCCGUGCAGGCGUUGAAGCGAGGAUCUGUUAUUGCUGUUCCGACGGAUACGCUGUAUGGUUUCGCCUGCGAUGCGUCCAAUGCAGAAGCGAUUGAAAACCUCUACGCGGUGAAAGGCAGAGAGAAGACGAAACCGGUGGCGGUGUGCGUGAGUCGCGCGGAAGAGGUGAAAAAGAUAUGCGAGUUAGACGGGAAGAUUGAGGAGAGUUUGUUGAGGAAACUGUUACCUGGAGCGGUGACGUUACUGUUUAAGAGGAAAUGGACCGAGACGACGCUUUCAAAGUCGCUCAAUCCAAACGUCGAUAACGUAGGGGUGAGAGUGCCGGAUUGUGCGUUUAUAUUGGACGUGUGCGAUGCGUUCGAUGGCGCGAUAGCGCUGACGAGUGCGAAUACGUCCGGGAAACCGAGUUGCGUGGACGUGAACGAGUUUCGAGAGUUACACGAGAAGUGCGAACGCGUCUUCGACGGAGGGAAGAUUAUCGAAGACGACGGGAGUACCGAUUCGGCGCUCUUGCGCGCGGGUAGCACGAUCGUUGAUUUAAGCAAAGGCGACGGAACAUUUCACGUCGUUCGCGACGGAUGCGCUCUGACAAACACGACAUCAGUCUUACUCGAAUACGGAUUCAUCGAGAGUAAAUGA